AUGGAAAAGAUAAAAAUUCCCACUUGCAAGUAUUAUGGGAAAACAGACCCAACAGUUCAUCUGUCUGCCUUCGGGGGGCACAUGAUGUUGUACACCAACACGGAUUCCAUGUGGUGCAAAGUGUUCCCUUCCACUCUGGAUGGAAUGGCUCAGAGUUGGUUCAACAAAAUACCGAAGGGAUCGGUUACUUCUUUCAGACAAUUGGCUAUCUUAUUUCGCACCCAUUAUGUUGCUAACAUUGUUAGAGAGCGGAUGAUGGGAGAAUUGAUGUCAUUCGUUCAGGGAUCGCGAGAAUCCUUAAGAGAUUACAUCUCAAGAUUCAAUAUGGAGGCAUCCAACAUACCUAAACUGCAGCAAGAGGUGGCCGUUCUGGCCAUGAUGUCGGGAUUGAAGGAUGGAGACUUCAAAAGCUAUCUAGGAAGAAAGUCUUUCACUACCCUAGCAGAGGUCUUGGGAGAGGCCAACGAGUUCAUUAAAAGUGAGGAGAUCGGAAAGGCGACAGCGCAGAGGAAUGUAGCAGAGGAAGGAAAUCAAGCAAUCAGCAAAAGAAGGAACCAUAUAAGGAGUAUGGAGACAGAAGAGAAGGCCACCAAGGCAGGAGAGAGUGGGGAGGACAAGGUAGAGGAAGAAGUAACGAACAGCGAACUGAAAAGAGAGAUCUUUGCCAUCAGUAAAGAAGAUGAAAGGUGGCAGAGGCCAGCCAAGAUGUACAAUAAGUACAGGGACCCAAAGAAAUAUUGUGACUUCCACGGUGACCAUGGGCACUUAACAGAAGAGUGUACGAAUUUAAAGGACAACAUUGAAGAUCUGAUAAGGCGAGGAUACUUGACACAGUUCAAAGCUAAGAGCUCCUACAGCAGAACCUAUGAAAACAGGGAUAGCGGAGGAAAGAAUGACGAGAAAAGGAUGAACAUCAGGCAAAAUCAACAGGCAUAUGAAAAAAGGUCAUGUGACAUAUUCGUCGUAACAGGAGGGCCUGUGCAUACAGGAACAACAGCUAGUGGGGCAAAAGCUAGCGUGAACGAAAUUUCAACAUCAGGUCAACUAUCACAACUCCGGCAAAUGGCCCGCUCCCCCACCAAUGCCACAGUGCACCUUCACUGCAGAGGAUUGCAAAGGCAUAGUGUAUCCACACGAUGA